AUGGAUGUACUGAGUAUUAUACAAGAUAAUAUAGUAGAAGAUAAAGCAGAAACCAAUAAUAAUGACUCAGUUGUUCAAGAAAAUGAAAAUAAAAAGGAGCCCCUGAUAAUAAUAAAUCAAGAACUGAGUUCAAAUGGAUUUCAUCAAGAACAAGAUCAAUCAAUUGAUAAUAAUAAUAAUAACAACAACAAUAAUAAUAAUAAUAAUAAUAAUAAUAAUAAUAAUAAUAAUAAUAAUAAUAAUAAUAAUGGCAAUGAUGAUUAUAAAUCUGCUAUGAAUCUAAAACCAACUCAUGAAAUUAUUGGAGGUUCAUCAAUACGAAGAUAUUUAAAUCAACAUUUAACAACAGAAUUGUUAAAUGGUUUAAAAGAAGUUGGAAAAUUAAAACCAAAUGAUCCAUUAAAAUAUUUAGGUGAGUAUUUGAUAAAUAAAUCAAAGGAAUUGAAACAAACUGAAAAAUAG